GGUUUUAAACAACGGGCAGCAACCUCUGUCAAGAGUCAUUUUUAUGAGGUGCACCUGCUCUGGUAUCGCGAACAUCACACAUGUGAUCUCGCGUCUCCAAAUAAUUCCCCAGUACAACAGAGACACGAAAUAUCUUCGUUGUCCCCUUUACCCCGUGUGCCAUUACACUUUGAUGACUCUUACAUCAAUAGCUUAUUUACAAAGUCAUCGGUGCUGCCUCGUUUCUCAUUUUCUCGUACUAGAGGACUUCGGGACAACCUAUUAUUUUAGAGCUAGUUAAACGAGCGAGAAUGGAGGCACCUGUUUCCUUAUCCCAGUGGUUGGGCAAUCACUACAUCAUAAUUCUCAAGGAGCCGGCUGGUCAACGUAUUCAGGGGCUAUUAAGUGGCCUCAGACCUGAGCAAUAUCUUACAUUAGAUCAAGCUAUGGUGAUAGGUACGAACCAAUACUAUGAACGACUAAAUAUCGCCGCGGAUAACGUAUCCGACAUUGUACCACUCCAAACGGACCCUUUCCCAGUUACUGAACCCGCUUUCUCGACGCCUACUGCGGUACCUCAGCCGCCAACACGCCAGGCAGCGUUCCAAGACCCUGCUAUACUGAGUCUCACUCCCAAAUCGAAACCUACGUCACGACCCGACGUGCAGUUUCAUGCGCAACCGAAUACCGCAGAGAAACGAGAUCCUCCGAUAAUACCUAACCCCGCCGACCACCUGACGUAUUCCUCGCCCGAUGAAAUCACCGACGCGCCUACUUCUACUCUCAAUGCGUCUAUAGGUCAAUUAAGGAUCUCUCCUAGCGCUGAAACCGUGCGCGGAUCCAAAGAGACGGUCGAACUAGCUUCUGCUACCACUAACGAACCGUCGAGUUCCAGAAAGGACCGCAAUCGCGGAACACGGAGCCGGGGACGGCGCAAGAACAAAGCAGCGGAUACCAAUGGAUCUCCAUCGCAGUUAAGCAAUAGGGGUGCAGGUUGGAGAGAAACCCCUAUAUUAGAGUCCACCCAAUCGUUUCAACCAUUCGCAUCGCUCAAGAAAAGCCAGAAAAGUCGAGUUGAAGCAAACGCCGCAAACGGAUGGGCUUCAGAGGACGUUACGGACGUGCAAGAAGCAGGCGAUUUCGAUUUCGAAGGAGGUCUUGCCAAAUUUGAUAAGCGAAGAAUAUUCGACGAGAUGAAGGAGCAGGACAAUAUUGAUGAAGCUGAACGUUUAGUAUCUCACAACCGUCUCCCUCGACCAAAACCGGGAACCGCAGGUGGUAAGAACUUGCAUUAUACCGAAAACGUUUUGGAUCUGCCUUCAACUUUGUUGAAGCCGAAAGAGACACCUAAUGACUACUGGAAAAGUGAAGCCGAUGAUGAGAUCCCUAAAGAAGUUGAGCCGCCAAGUGUUGUUGUAGAGGGUAGUGGUCGCAACUCUCGAUUACGAGGAGAAUCCCGGAUGUCGAUGGGCCGACGCUCGCAAUCACGCAAAGCUAGUACAACUGCGAGUGUCGCUGGUUCAAGUCGAGUCAACUCUGGGACUACAGCCUCGACUAGCGGCUUCUACGCCGUGGGUUCUAAUCGUCGAAUUGAAGCGAUCCCUCAUCUUCCGAUGCAAACACUCGAGAAUGUAGCACGUCAUGAAUUUGGCUUCACCGAAGACCUUAUGGCUGAAAAUGCUGCCCGUGGCAUUGUAGAGGUUAUUAUGCGUGCUCUCGAUGAUCCCGCUGUCAAACUUCGCGCUGCUACAACUUCACCGCCGAGUACCACUACAGUCGUAGUCUUAGCAGGCAACCAUAAAUCAGGAGUCCGUGCUCUAGCAGCGGCACGUCACCUUCGGAACCGCAGUAUUAACGUUCUCGUCUGCGUAGUCGGUAUUGAACGCGAACGAGAGUUGUUAGAGGACGUCAGAAAGCAAUCUAGACUCUUCCGAAACUUUGGUGGCGUAAUCUUCAACAAAUCGGAACUUUUUGAACACGUCAGUCAAGCUAGUAGCACCUUAGAUACGACAUCUCAAGGUUCCGUUACUCUAAUUAUCGACGCCCUCCUAGGACUAACGACACCAUUUGAGGAGUUGCGGAAGUCAGACCAGGCCACUACGUAUGAGUUGAUGGAAUGGUCGAACAGGAACGAGGCGUUCGUCAUGGCGAUCGAUAUGCCAAGCGGCAUUGAGCCGCAAUCCGGUAAGGUCAAUGUCAUUGAUGGAGCCAAGCUCUACGUUCACCCUCGAUACGUGGUCUCUCUUGGGGCGCCUAAAGUCGGUCUGCUGAAGGCUCUAGAGAUGGGUGAAGACGACCAAGGAGAUAUUGUCAUGGUCGAGCAAUGGAAGUUAUUCCUCGCGGACAUUGGACUUGGACCUGUCAUAUGGCGAAAGGUGGCAACCAAGAUCCGUCGAGGCAUCGAGUUUGACGAUAAAUGGGUGCUGGAACUACGAUUCGAGCAUAAAGGAGACGAUGAUGCCGACGAUUAACAUAUUCCCUUCGAUACCCACUUGAUUCGACCGGCAAAGGAUACACUACAUUUUAGCCAAUAAAUACGGGCUUUUUUUUUUUCAUGACGAAACCAUCAACACUAUCAAUGCUGCUCUGAAUAUCUGUCGACUCGCUUCCAAAACUCUACCGAGGGCAGGUUCGUGCUUGGGCUCCUCUUCAGGCUGCUGUCGGGUGGCCAUUGA